UACAAAUAAUUGUAGAGAAAUAUGAAAAUGUUACUGCAUUAAGUUACAACCCUGUCCAGUUUUAAUGUGAAACCAUACAUAAACUUGAACAUAAUGGCAUGAAAAGUAGAGUUCAGAGAGUUUGGAGGAGGACUCGCAUCAUUUAGAGAAGUAAAGCAGUUCCUGAAGACAGAAGAGAGGCAUCCAUCACAGCCUCAAACAUGAACGCCGUCACACUUUGAGCUGCUUCCUCCUCCUCAAGGGCCACAAUCAGAAAAAACGUACGAAGGGCUGGCGACUUACUAGAGAACCAGCUGUGGAACCUGAGUAUGGUAUUGAACCAGAGGCUAACCACAUUUUUGAGGAUGUCAGAGAGGAGGACAGAGGGAGCAAAUCUCCGCCUGUAGAAAUAUCUACCAUCUACUCAUAUGCCAAAUAUAUCAAACCAAACCGAGUCGAAACCACAGAGCAGUAGCUACAGCUUAGUCACUGCAGUCACUCCUCAGAAAAAAACUAAAGAUGACUUGAGUAAUCUCAACUUCUCUGAGGUGGAUUUUUCCAACAGUGCCGCUGCCUCGCUCCACAGCGCUCCCCUGUGGUGACGCGGAUAACGUCCUCUACUCGAUUCCUCGGGGUGGAAGCGAGCUCCGACGUUAGCCACGCUUCACCUGUCACCUCACAUCAGAUGUAACUCAAUCAUGUUCUCAUCAAUUCAGAUAAUCAAAGUUAAUUUCACAACUGUUGUGUUUAUUUAUUUUGUUGAAAUGAACUGUAAACUAUUUCAUUGAUAGCUGGCGCUAGUUGCUAAUUGGUGAUUGGUGAUGGAAACAGUGGUCUCAUCAACGCAGAACCACUCGACCGUACAGGAACUGAAGGAGGAGACAUCACAGUAAGAUGCUCCUUUUCUUUCUCUGGAAGAACGAGGCUCUUCUGUAAGGGAAAAUGUGAAGAAGGAAACAUUCUGGUUGAAACGACCAAUGACACAGCUCAGAGAGGCAGAUACAGCAUCAGAUAUGAGGAAGGAUUUUAUCCAGCAUCUAAUACAAUUCUGUAUGUGAGCAUCACAAAUGACUAAGUCUGAUGCUGGAUGGUACCAAUGUGGUCUGGACAGAUCUCUACCUGCCUUUGACCGUUACGAGUGUGGCUUUGUAACAUGUACAGGAUAGAUAUAUUGAGAGAGGGGAUGACAUGCAGCAAAAUAAACAAAUUCAGAAGAAUUGGGAAGUGUUCAAAGAUGCUUUUGAAAGCAAGUGUCAUAUGUUUUUAUUUCAAACCAGAAAUAUUUGAAGCUGGUAAACUACUUUAAAGUGAGGUUUACAUGAGUUUACAACAAAGAGUAGUUUUAAUGUAAAAUCAUACAUAAGCUUGAAAGUGAUGACAGGAAAAGUAUAGAGUUCAGUGUGUGGGAUGUGUUUGGAGGAGGGGACUCCCUCAUCAGUGAAGAAGUAAAGCUCUUCCUGGUUUGUGUAGACAGAAGAGAGGCAGCGUUAAACCAUCACAUCCUCAAACAUGAACGCCUGCCACACUUUGAUCUGCUUCCUCUUCCUCACGCUGCGGGAUGGAAACAGUGGUCUCAUCAACGCAGAAAACCUCGACCGUACAGGAACUGAAGGAGGAGACCUCACAGUUGGAUGCUCCUUUCUUUCUCUGGAUAUAGGAGGCUCUUCUGUAAGGGAAAAUGUGAAGAAGGAAACAUUCUGGUUGAAACGACCGAUGACACAGUUCAGAGAGGCAGAUACAGCAUCAGAUAUGAGGAAGGAUUUUAUCCAGCAUAUUCUACAAUUCUGUAUGUGAGCAUCACAAAGCUGACCAAGUCUGAUGAAGGAGGGUACCGAUGUGGUCUGGACAGAUCUCUACCUGCCUCCGACUCACACAAGGACUUUAGGAUCACAGUUAAAGAAGCUCCAACCUCUUCAAAACCAGAAGUGACUCCCCGACCGUUUUCAACAUCAGCACCAUCAACUUCCACCCUGACCACGACUCAGAGUCUGAGCUCCACACCUUCAUCAGCCUCCCCUGAACGCACCACGCCGCCUCACCAGGGAACGACAGCUCCAGCUGCUGGUCACGGUGUGGUUCUGUUUGUGCGUCUGUUUCUGGUCGUCGUGAUCAUCGUAAUAUCAGCGUCUGUGCUGAUAUUCUGCAAGAGGAGGGCCAGGAAACCCAGAGAAACUGCUGAGGAAGCUGAGUAUGUUAAUGUCACAGAGGCUAACAGAGUGUGUGAGGAGGUCAGAGAGGAGGACAGAGGGAGCGGAUCUUCUCCUGUAGAAAUGUCUGUUCUCUCCCCUUCCCACAGCAGCCAGUUCACAGAAGAAAACUGAACAAGACUCAAGUAAUCUCACCUGCUCUGAGGAGGAGUUUUCCAACAUUACAGCUUCCUCGCCCCACAGGGCCCUCUGUGGUGUGUGUUUCAAAACUAUAUCUGAUGUGUUCAGGUGAUAGCUCUAACCAUGAUAAACACGAUGGCCUGAUAAAUAAAAAAAACUGGUCUGUAGUGAUUCACACACAAAUGUGUUUAUAUUUAAACGUUAUUUUUUUAAGAGUGUGGCUUUGUA